AUGUGUGUUGAUUACCGGCAGUUGAACAAGUUGACCAUUAAGAACAAAUAUCCACUUCCCCGGAUAGAUGACUUAAUGGAUCAACUGAGGGGAGCAUCGGUAUUUUCUAAGAUUGACUUGAGGUCAGGAUAUCACCAGAUCAGGGUGAAAGAGGGUGACAUACCUAAGACCGCUUUCAGGACUAGGUAUGGUCACUAUGAGUAUGUUGUGAUGCCGUUUGGUGUGACCAACGCCCCGACAGUGUUCAUGGAUUACAUGAACAAGAUCUUCCCGCCCUUCUUGGAUAAAUUUGUGGUGGUGUUCAUUGACGACAUCCUUAUUUAUUCAAGGACCCCGGAGGAGCAUGGAGAGCACUUGAGAUUGGUGCUAGAGAUUUUGAAGGCGAAGCAGUUGUAUGCCAAGCUUUCAAAAUGUGAGUUC